UUUAAAGAAAACCACAAAGGGAGGGGACGCGAGUUUCAUUUUACUGUAAACUGAGUGAAGUGUCGUUGUUAAGUCUCAGUCAAAUAUGACCAAGUGAAAGAAUGAAGGGUACAUCUGUACUGUGGCUGCUGUGGUUGAUCUCCCUGCUGUGUGGCUCAACAAACCAAGCUCGUCUGACUGUGAGCCCCAGCAGCUCUCAGCUGUUUGAAGGUGACCGUUUGUCUCUGAGCUGUGAGGGGGAGGACAGCGCUGCUGGAUGGACUGUGAAGAGGAACACGCCCAAACGACAGAGGAGUCGGUGUGGAGAUGGGUGGGGAAAACAAGUCGGUUCUUCUUGUACCAUCACCUACAUCUUCAAAAGGGACAGUGGUGUUUACUGGUGUGAGUGCAGAGAGGGAAUAACCAGUAACACCGUCAACAUCACUGUGACUGGUGGCCCAGUGAUCCUGCAGAGUCCUGUGCUUCCUGUGAUGGAGGGAGAGACCAUCACGCUGCUCUGUAAAGCAAAGUCCACACAUUCAAACCUCCCAGCUGCUUUCUAUAAAGAUGGCUCCGUCAUCAGGACUGAGUCGACAGGUCACAUGACCAUUCCUGAUGUUUCCAUGUCUGAUGAAGGCCUCUACAAAUGUCACAUCAGUCAUCAUGGAGAGUCUCCACCCAGCUGGAUCACUGUCACAGGUAAACCAACAACUACAGCUCCGCCUUCCACAUUAUCCCCACCCUCUACAUCAACUUUGCUUUCUGUCUCAACCCUAAUGACCACACCGAUCCAAUCCACUGCCAUGGCAUCUCCUUCUGCCACAGCUCUGCCUACUGAUUCGGCUCCACCCACUGUCUCCAUUCACCUAUCACUUGUCUUGAGAGUGGUCUGCCACCUGGUGGUGUUCUGUCCAUAUGUCAUCACAACUGUCCUAAUGGUGUCUUUAUAUCGACAAAGACCCUCAGCAACAGCACCACACCCCUACCCUGAGCAGAAAUUGACUGAGGACUUUGACGUCAUGGAGGUCACCAUCGAGCAUCAUUUCUAAACUGCACAGAACAGAGAAAUAUUUUUGUCAUGUAAAAGUAAUAAAUAUUAAAUUAAAUAGAUCUGAUAUUUUAUGGCAACACAAAGUCAUGUAUAAUGUUGGAGGUAAACAAAGUGCAGUUUUUUUUACUGCAUAUUCAUAUCUGCCGGCACAGCUUAUUACCAAAGACUGCUGCCAGUGAUUGUACAAAUGAUAGAAAGAAACAUUUAAAAACACUGUAUGUGAGACUAUAAAAGAUUACUUUUACUGGUGUUUUUUUAUCUGAUGGUGGGUGCACCAGUUUUUGAGAAGUAUCUGUCCAUCUGUGGUGAGAAUUCCACUUUAGAAAACAAGGGUGGAUUGCUUGGUCCCUCUUCUCUGCACCAGGAACCUUUUCCUCAUGUCCUGAACAUUUGGGCUCAGGGUAUAAAUAAAUCCUCAUUUGUCUCCAUCAGUGUAUGAAGAACAUGCACCUGUCGUUUGCUCUUUCCUGUCGAACAAAAACCAAAACACAUAAGAAAACAGAUGAUCAGAGAGUCAGAGCCUGUGUCAGAGGUGACAGACUUCUAUAGGAGCAAAAGUCAUUUCGCAAUGUAGUCUCCCCCUAGUGGCCUUCAGAAAGAAUGCAGGUUUAAGGAAAACAUUUUUCAACAGAUUGAAAGAUCAUGACUACGUCAGGAAAUGCCAUGAGUGCCAUGAAGCACUAAAGGAACCACUGAAGCACCUUUCCUCAGUCUGUGGACACUCUGAACAGCUCUUAUUGUUGCUGCCAGUCACAUAGAUCAGGGUCGUGCCGCUCAGUGAGUAUUUAAACACCUGUUCCUGUUGAACAUUUCCAACUUCUGUGCUGUGUUUUGAUUUUCUAAUGAAAAAAAAAAUGGCUAAAUUAAGCUGCAGGGAAAAAUGUUUCACAUGUAUGAAGCACUUUUCUUCUGUUACAAACUCCUACAAAUUUAUAUAUUACAAUAAGUCAUCUUUUUUCAGUUGAAUUAAACUUGCUUUUUUGUGGCUCAAA